AUGAAGUUUAGGAGGAAAAGUCAUCAGGAAGAUCUGGGAGACAUGGCAUCCUCAAGGGGUUUGACAGUUGCUCUGCCAAAGCCUUUUCUCGGCAAGGCAAGUGUUCUGGGCUCUGAUGUGGAAAGGCUAUCUAGAGACAUCCACAAGCUUCCAACUCCUGCCACUGUUCCAGCUCGCCAUGUUAAACCGCGUGUGGCACAGGCGCUUCUCCGUCAGGGCAGUUCUCACCAAGCAGUGGGGCCCAGUCAUUCUGACCUCAGCCCCAAGCUGCCCUCCCUCUCUGGCCUGGCGGAUGCCUCCUCCCAAUCCAUUGGGCCUGUCGCAACCUCUGCAACAGCCUCCCCUGUCUUGGAACGACCGGCGUCCCAACAACUAGAGCAGGCCAGCACUACCUCCCCCUGCUUCUCUUACCUGGAAGACACUCUUCUUCCACAACGCCGCAGCCUUCCCACCCUCCACGACUUUAUCAACAGGUUCGACAACCUCUUGGUGGACGACCAGAACCUCCCAUCCGACCAUCCUGGCUUCAAUGAUGAAAAGUACGUUCGUCGACGGCGGGAGCUUGCAACCAUUGCGCGCAACCACAAGUUUGGUCGACCCAUCCCCCGAAUUGACUACUCCCCUGAAGAGACCUACGUUUGGACCACGGUCUUGAACAAGCUUCGCGAGUUGCACCCCACCCAUGCUUCCUCCAAAUACAACGCUGCUGUGAAGAAGCUCGAUUUCAGGCCCAACGCUAUCCCUCAGCUGGAAGACGUGAGUGCAGUCAUGUACCAGCAGACAGGCUGGAGGAUCCGCCCUGUGGCAGGCCUUAUGGAUCCCCGUGACUUCAUCGGCUCCAUGGCCUUCAAGAUCUUCCACUGCACCCAAUACGUUCGCCACCACUCACAGCCAAUGUACUCUCCGGAACCCGACCUGUGUCACGAGUUGAUUGGACACGCACCCAUGUUUUUGGACCCCGAAUUUUCGGACAUGGUACAGGCCAUCGGCCAAGCCUCCCUGGGUGCUACGAACGAAGAGUUUGUACAGCUGACAAGGCUCUUCUGGUACACUUGUGAGUUUGGCGUUAUCGAGGAAGACAACCAGAUGAAGGCGUUUGGAGCCGGCCUCCUCUCCAGCUUCGGCGAGCUUGCCUACAUGAGAGACGGCCACGAGGGAGUCAUGCCUCGGUUUAGAGCCCUCGGAGACCCCCGGAUAACGCUCCCCCCUAUGAGGCACAAACCUGGUUUCCAGACGAGGUACAUGGUGUCGAACGGUUUUGCGGACGUCUCGGAAAAGCUCAGCACGUUCGCGGAGCACAUUGAACGCAAGUGAAGGGCCUUGCUCAACCUAAGUUUCAACGGCCCUUCGAUUCAGUCAUGGGACUACUCCUAAACCGGGGUUCCCAGGUUCUUAGCUCGCGUUCACCUUGUAAAGGUCUGGCGCCAGAACCCGAGGCCAAAUGAUAGCUGUCAUUAGCGGGUAGGUCGAGUCUGUAAGAGAAACGAGGCUUUGAUCGAUCCGUCCACAGAAGAGGGCGGUAAGUUUGCUGUGGUGGUUGAAGGUUAGGACUGCCUUGUUCACGCGUUUGGAAAGCCAUGUAUAGACGGUAGGGUACAGCCUGAGUCUUGUUGAUGAAAACCUUGAUGAAAACCUCCCGCCGGAGGAAUGCCUGCGGGCCUUUGUUUCUUAGUUCAGUGGAGGCUUGCAAUCUGUAAGACUAUAUACGAUACUUAAACGUCAUUCUAGAAACAGAAACUAACACUGACAGUAGUUUUCACAAAAUUGACCCCGAUAAGCAAGGACACUUGUUUUGUCUUCCUUGUCAAAGGACAGAGUCUUGCUGAACAAUAAGCGUACAUGUUGCUAAUGGAUUUUGGACCUUCGUACAUUUAGCAUUAGCUUAAGCACCUUUCAUUCUAGUUCGGACCAACAUCUCUAAUUCAAAUUGUCACAAAUCAUAUUUCAGAGAUUUUGUACCGCGUCCAACCAAUCAUGCAUUUUGCAAGGAGUUGGACUCAUUCAUUGCCUCG